AUGAUGGGACUGUCUUACAAACUAGUCGAUUGUGACAACGAGGAGUAUUGCGAUCCUAAUUUCGCCUGCGGACUUCACAAGCCACUUUUCAUAACACGACAUGUGGUCUGCAUUGAAAACCUUAUUGAUAGGUUAGUGGGCGCUUACAUGCGCUCGGCAGGCUUUUUCAAAGGUGCUAUCUAUCGAGGAAUUGUUGACUACGAAGCCGAUGUCAGUCGUGUGAGCAAGGGCGGUGUUUGUAAUUUGGUUAUAUUAUGUGUCACAGAAGUCCAAGUUCCAGUAAGAGAGAGCGAAUCAACUCGGAACUCUUUCUAUCUUUUCGAAGUUCAAGUUCUUUGGAGUGUCUUUCGAGGUUGGAAAGUCGGUGGGACUACUCGGCUUAUCAAAGAAUUGAAACCUGAGAUCGCUUUCAGUCCUAAUUCUUGGUAUCCUUACAAACGUUUUCCUGUUGAAAAGGACGAGUAUUCAUACUUUAUACCUAAUAGUAAACUUGUUCUAGGGAGAAGUCAUAGCCGUAUUAUCUCAGCAGAUGAUGCAAUGGAGGUGGUCUUGGAUCUGAAUAGAGCAUUGGUUUCUUAG